AUGGAGCAUGUUCACGGCGUCGACGUCAGCUGGAUGACCCACGGCUCUCCAAAAGGUGACUCCCACCUCUCUUGCGGCCUCCUCUCUCGGGAAACCCCACGAUCCUCUCCAGCGUCCGUGGGUUCUGACGCUCCGUCACCGACUACACCCAGUUCUCCCGUCGCUGCCACCAACGGUAGUAGCACCAACGGCCACAAUGUUGCUGAGAAUGGCGCCUUGCCAAAGCCCAUCCCCACGACUCGACCUGGCGUGAGAAGAACCGAAUCGAGCGAGAAGCCUGGGCCCAACGGCACACCCCCGCAUCGCAGGAACUCGUGGUUCUCCAGCAUAUCCUCCAAAUUCUCCUCGUCCCCAAAUCCAAGCACCACCGCCCCCAGUAGCAGUCCGAUCGCCCAGCAGCCCCAGACCACCCCGCCCAAGGACACCACACCAGCCCCGCCCAAAGCGGUGCCCAGCAGAAAUGCCGUCCUUCAGCACGCGACCAAGCCCGAUGGCGACCUGCCCUACACACCAGCUCCCCCUAGCCGCGGCCAGUCCAGUUUCCUCGGCGUCUUCCGCCGUCUGUCUUCCUCCGGCGGCGCUCUCCACAACAGCCAGAGGGGCAAUCACGGCCUGGUCGAAAGGAAGAUUCUAAACGUCGACCGAAAUCGGGAGCGCUGUGCCAUUGCUGCGCUUCACCAGGCCAAGCUCCGGAGGGUCGCUUUCAGUGUUGACGUCGAAAUUGCACCCAUGCCCAAGUACACCGAUGCGGAAAAUGGUGUCAAGUCGACGGUCCCUGCCGACAAGUCCACGAAGCGAAAGCUGACGGAAAAGGGCGAGGGUGAGGCGCUUAAGAACCCGAAAACGAUCGAGGAACAGAAGGAGCAAGAAGGCGUCGUUAAGGCUACUGGAGAGCAGGUGCCGAAAGAGCCUGAAGAGGAAGGCAGCGAAGUAGCUCAGCAGCAACAGAAACAGGAUGUCGCGGCCAACGCUCCUACGCUCGCCGACAAGGAGCGUGAGGCUAGGAAAAAAGAGAAGAAGAAGAAGAGCGAGGAGGAGCGCAAGGCUCGCAAAGAGAAGAAACGAAAGCUGGCCGAGGCAAAUGGAACCGUCCCCAUGGAAAUCCAUCUCGAUGACAGCGAUUCCUCCGGCGAAGUCUCCCCGGCGGCCCCUCCUCCUGUCGAGGCGCCUAAAACCACGGCGUACCCAACCACGAACCCCGUUAGGAUAUACAGGCGAUGCUGCCAACUUCGGGAGACGCCGAUCCUAAAGAGGAUUACCGAACAGCUCAUUGACCCCGCCAACCUUUCGUCCGACGUUGGUGUGGUGGAGAAACUAGACUUGACUGGUUACUGGAUGCAGCUGCCCGACCUAAUCACCCUUGGCGAUUACCUCGCCGUGGUCCCCGUCAAGGAAGUAAUUCUUGAAAACUGCGGACUCUCAGAUGAGGGCUUACGGGUUAUUCUCGCUGGACUACUCGCUGCCAGGCGGCCAGAGAGCAGGAGACGAAAACAGGUUACUCACCCUGAAGGUCUCACUCGACAAGGUGGCGUUGUUGAACGGCUGGUACUGAAGAACAACAAGCUGGGCGUCGAUGGCUGGAAGCAUACCUGUCUGUUCAUCUAUCUUUGCCGGACGCUGAGGCACCUGGAUCUGUCUAUGGUCCCUCUACCACGACCCGUGUCGCCCAAGACCCAUCCUGGUCAUCGGCCUCUUCACUUGCCUCAUCUCCAUCACCAGCCUGAAGAGAUCACGCUGGCUUCCUUGUUCUCUAAGGCUGUGGGACAGCGCCUCGCAGGCUCAACCUUGGAGCUGCUACACAUUGGAGGCAUUGAACCGACAUCAGAGGAACUCGGCACCAUCAUUGAUGGCGUCAUUGAGUGUGGGGUGAAGCGAUUGGGCCUUGCUCAUAACAAUAUCGACGACAAGGGCUUGGAACAUGUUGCGAGGUGGGUCACCAGCGGCAACUGUGUAGGCCUUGACCUCGGCGGCAAUGACCUGCGGGAGAACCUCGAAGUGUUUGCCAAUGCUAUUUCAUCAGACUCUCCACUUUGGGGUCUUAGUCUGGCAGAAUGCAAUCUACGCGCGGGGACUUUGUGCAAGAUCCUACCCAAGCUCGUUCCUCUGGACAAUUUCCGUUUCAUCGACCUUUCACACAAUCAGGACUUGUGCAGAACGGAGCCGAGUGCCAUCAGCCUACUGCGAAAGUACCUCCCCAAGCUCGAAAACCUCAGGAGGAUUCAUCUAGCAGACGUGGCGAUGUCAUCUGAGCAGGCCAUUGCACUAGCUGAGAUCCUACCCGAAGUGCAAAAUCUCGCUCACAUUAGCUUCCUCGAGAACCCUGAUCUCGUCAAUUUGGCCGACGCCCAGACUGAGGAGUCUCAGGAAGAAGCAUGCGCCCUCUAUGCAUCUCUCCUGGCUGCCACCCGAGUGUCGAACACAAUGGUCUGUGUCGACAUUGACGUCCCCAGCGAACGAUCGGGCGAGAUCGUCAAGGCGAUGGCUAAGCAGGUUGUGGCGUAUUGCUUGCGUAACUUGCAGCGCUUCCCCAUUGCGGAAAUCAGCUCUGCCGUUCAAGCCCUCUCGGACGGUCAGGAUGCACCGGCUGGACAGGAUCCGCCAUAUCCCGAUGUCCUUGCCCAUCUUGUCGGCCACGACGUUCUCAAUCAAUACGAAGUUGCGUCCGACGACGAGUCUGCUCCUGAUGACGACUACGUUAUUGGUGGUACAGGCGUGGUGAAGGCUUUGACCUGUUGCCUCAAGAACAGGGGCGACGAAUCGAGGAGGCAGUCUGGCGAGCUCAUCAGAGAGGUUGAGGGCGGCAUCACGCUACCCGCCAUUCCCCAGCCGAGGCUGCCUCACGGCAAGGCCAAGGUCAUGUCAAAGCACCUACUCGCGAGUGCCCGAAAGAUCAGGGUGCGCCUGCAGCCAGCCAUUGCGCGGGCCAAGAACAACGCGAGCGACGAGGAGAAUUACCGCAAGCUGAUGUUCCUGGACACAACGCUGGCCAAUAUUAUCAAGCGGUUCGAGGACGAAUUUCCGGACACACGCGUCGACGAAUCGACCGAACAGGCAGUGGCCGACGCCGCGUCGGCCAAGUCCGAUCAACUUGGCACGUCGUUGUCGUCCGAGCUCGACCCAGAGCAAAUCGCCAUCCCGUCGGAUCCUGAGGACGACCUCGACCUCCAAGUGCGGCCCAGCGUGUCGCGCAGCAAUUCAAUCAUGUCGCACACGUCCCGCGCGCUUGCCGAUGAGGAGGGUCGCAUACUCCGCGCGGGUCACAAAUUCCGCUCCGGCAUCAUCAAGCCCGAGCAUUACGGCCUCCUCAACAGCCCAGACGAGCUCAGCUUUGAGCCAAAGCACGAGGCGUCCAUGCUGGACAUGGUCGAGGAGCUUGAUGACCCCGCGCUCAGCCGCAAGGCCAAGGAAAAGGGCAUCAUUCGCCUCUUUCGCGAGGACAGGGUGGAGAUCUCCGAGGCCCUGCGCCGCGUGGACCCAGAGUACUGGGAGCGCUUCGUCGAGAGCCAGGAGAAGGCGAGGGGGAACGUGCAGGUGUCGUCGGUGACGAACGGGGCCGUCAAGCCCGCGCAGGGGGACGAGAGCGCCGUCGUUGACGAUGCUUGA